GCCGGCUGCAGUGAAUAUGUGUCCGAAAGGCAAAUAGCGCUGUAUUCAUUUAUAUCUGUCUAAACUAACUUAUUCUGCACUAAAUAAUAUUUAAGUGAGCAAAUCCAUCUCACCGAGCCCCCUUUGUCUCUUAAAGAAGUAAAAACAAAAAAGCGACCGUUGGCUGUGACGCUGCUGCUGCUGCUGCUCUCCGUCGCUGCGCAGCCUGCUCGGCUCCAACCACUGGACAACAUCUGCCCACACCUGGAGACACAUCCACGCUGUCAGCAUGGUCGCCACCAGCACGCUGAAGACCAAGAGCAGCGAAUGCAUUUCCGAAUUGGUUGACCGAAGAUAUGACCGGGCUUACAUUGACAAAGAACUUGACUUCUGGGAUCACUGCUUGGCCGAACCCCAGAGGCACGCAGAUGUGGCCGAAGACCGCAGCUGUCAACAGCUGGCCAAGAUGUUUGAAGACUGCCUGUCUCGAGCCAAGAAGACUACGCUGCACUGCUCCUCCGUGCUGGUGCCGGAGAAGCUGACUCGGCGGAUCGCGCGCGAGGUCCUGCGGCUGGCCGCCUGCGAGCCCUGCGGCCUGCGCGGCUGCGUCCUCUACGUGGACCUGGAGCUGGACAAGGGCUGCAAGCGGCUGGAGCGCAUCGCCUACGACGCCACCGUGGUGCCCACCUUCGAGCUGACGCUCGUGUUCAAGCAGGACGGCGCCGCCUGGCCCAGCCUCCGGGACUUCCUUUUCAUGGGAACCUGCUUCGCCCCGACGCUUAGGCACGUACUUAAACUGAGUCCGGGCUUCCGGCUGGUCAAGAAGAAGCUGUACUCCUCCUCGGCUGGUACCGUGGUAGAGGAGUGCUGAACUGUGGGAGGGAUUAGGGCGGGAUAUCGGGUUUCCUUGUGGGUCAACGCACCUCUGGCCGAAUGCAAAUGACACUCUGGUGGUGUCAUGUUUUCUGCAGUGGACUUGUACAAUACGAUUUGUCGGCUUUACUCCCAAGUAGCCAGUUGGUUCAGGUUUGAACUUUGGAUGUGAAGUAGAAUAUCUUGUAUGCAAACUGCCUGAUGGUUCUUUGUCUGGGUUCAGUGUUUCUAGUCCCUUUUUUUUUGGGGGGGGGGGGUUUAAUCUGCACAAUUGUAAUAUUCUAGCUGCUCAAACACACUUUUGGAAUUCUAAAUUCUGCAGAUGAAUGUAAAACAAUGUUCUGGUCAACACGUUUGAGAGGGACAUACUGUGGGUACACUUUAGUUAAAGACACAAGCCACUUUGUUGACACAUCGGUUUGUCUCCCGUUGAAUGUGUUCAGCAGCAGUAAACACGCCUGGGCUUCAGUGGGAGGCUGAGAUCUCCUCUUUGAGGGGGCGGGGGGGGGGGUGCGUAUGUAGCUUGUUGUGUAAUGAUGUUAUUUGGGCGCAGGAUGUUUUUUUUAAGACUGAAUGUCUUAUGGAGAUGCUGCUGUCACGUACGCUCCCUGCUAUAGGGGAAUGCAGAUGCCUUAAAUGUCAUAGAAAUGUACAUUUCUCUUCACUAUAAGCUGUUUGUAUGAAUGUAAAAGUUUUAUUGUAUUUUAUACCCCCCCAUACCCCGGACUUGCUCAAGAGCCUUUAGAGACUAUUAAAUAGAUGGUUCAUACAAAUGUAAAAGCUUCUUUGAUUUUAUGGAACUUUUUAAGUCUGACUGUUCUUUUUGAACUUCCUGUUAUAGCAAACUGUCUUCUCUAUUAGACAAUAAAAAAUUAAAAAAUCCUAACCUGA